GCUCAGCCGCCGCUGUCAAAACAUAGCUGUGCCGGGGCCUGAAAUAUUCCCCGGGAGGACAGACCCUUCAUGCAAACUGCACCUACUAUCAAGAACAAGACGUAUUCCAGAUGCAUGGUAGUUGGCCACCAAUAUGGUCGCUUCUUGUGACUCUUGUCUUUCUGAUGAGAUUCUAUCGCGUAUCUGGGUGUGAACAGGUCUUCCUGGGAAAGAAAUACGACAUUUUGAGUACUGGGGACGACUCGAACACCCUCUCCACUCAGCUCUCUACACUUUCUGGGGCCAGGAAAAUCCAAAUGACUACCAUUAACAACUGGCUACCAUCUCUGUCUGAACACGUCACUCCUCACCUGGCCUGUCCCUCUACGCCAGUUCCCGUUCCAAGUUUGUUGAAUGGUCAUUUAGACUCGACCAACACUGGCGAGUUGCAACACGUGUGUUGCAGCAGUGUUGGAGCUGCGUACCAGCAACAAGAAGUCCAAACAUUUGGUUUACAAAGUCGACACAAGGUGGACACACUCUUGACAACAACAUGGGAAGGUGCCAGCACACACACGUUCAAUAUCAGGACAAAAUAUGUAGUAAAAUAUGACGGUGCGCUUCCGAAGGGGAUUGUAAAGCGGUCAAGUAUUUUGUUUCUCUCUCCUGAAACCUUCAAGGAACUAUCAGUGUUAUACUUGGGAGACGUUGGGUGUAGAUCACUUUCUGAAGUGUUCAGAGCUGUCAAGGGAUGCUGCGUCUUGGGCAGUCAAGCGCUCACAGUUGUCAAGGAAUGCUGCGUCUUGGGCAGUGCAGCACUCACAGCUGUCAAGGGAUGCUGCGUCUUGGGCAGUCAAGCGCUCACAGGUGUCAAGGGAUGCUGCGUCUUGAGCAUCCCACCGAAGAAAAUAUCACGUGCUGGGAAAAUGGGUCAAAUUCCUGAACUGAACGCGUCAAGAAAUAGAAUAAACAAUAUGGGGCAAAAUGCUUCGAGUUAUAUUGAAAGAAAGAAACAUUUUCAGGGGUUCGAGUCGUUUAGAACAUUUGUGACUAAAUCCCAAACUGAAGAGACGUUAUCUUUCUCUGUCAAUCAGGUUCACACAGACAGCAUCGUAUACACAGCUGCUCCAGUGACUAUGGAAGUCUUAGAACAGAAAACUGUGUACUCGAAGGGAGAACAUGACCCGGGGAGCUUCACGAGGCUUCAACAGGGUCACUAUUGUAGUGUGUGUGGGGCGGCAGUGAAGUGUAUUAGCAGCGGUGGCAUGCCUGUCAGCUUCAUUAGCAACGGUGGAACGGCAGCCAGCUUCAAUAGCAACGGUGGAACGGUAGCCAGCUUCAUUAGCAACGGUGGAACGGCAGCCAGCUUCAUUAGCAACGGUGGAACGGCAGCCAGCUUUAUUAGCAACGGUGGAACGGCAUCCAGCUUUAUUAGCAACGGUGGAACGGCAUCCAGCUUUAUUAGCAACGGUGGAACGGCAUCCAGCUUUAUUAGCAACGGUGGAACGGCAGCCAGCUUCAUUAGCAACGGUGGAACGGUAGCCAGCUUCAUUAGCAACGGUGGAACGGCAUCCAGCUUUAUUAGCAACGGUGGAACGGUAGCCAGCUUCAUUAGCAACGGUGGAACGGUAGCCAGCUUCAUUAGCAACGGUGGAACGGUAGCCAGCUUCAUUAGCAACGGUGGAACGGCAGCCAGCUUCAUUAGCAACGGUGGAACGGCAGCCAGCUAUAUUAGCAACAGUGGCACGACGGCGAACAGUGUCAUCAACAACGGAAACCUUGGGCAAAUCUCGGCCACCUGUACAAGAAGUCUUCAUUUCCCAGAACCUCUGACCAGGAGAACAACAGCAUGGUAUUAUUUCCCGCGUGAAAACCACGUAAGAAAAGGUACAAGUGACCACCUCUUCGAGUCGACUAAUGCGGCCCAGGCCUCACUCCUCACCCUAACUACUCCACCAGACGUUAUUCCCGUCCCCAGUACCAAAUAUUCCGGGGUGAGCGGCCAUAAGUCCGCGCCUUCUAACGGCGCGAUGUUAAUAUCCGUUAUCUUGGAUUAUACUGCUGCAUGGGCCGCGCCCCGGACGACAAGGAGUCGGCCUCCGUCGCAUUUUCCCGAACCGAAGACUUAUUUUCGCUAUAACAUGGGGACAAAGUUCGCUAUGAGGGCUCCAGAUUACAUUACGCUGGAAAGUAGUUUAAGGAGUUUCCCUGAUGUUACAUUUGGACAUAGUGAACUACACACGCCGAUGACUGCAAGUUGGGCACAUUUGACAAACAGAUGCAAAAAAUAGUGUGUUUCAGAUUUUGAAUUCAGAUUUAUUUCUAGUCCUGAAAUAUGUAGACUGUAGUUACAAAAUAUAUGGAUUUAUACAUGUGAAUUUAGUUUAUAAUUAAUUUGUUUUACAAUUGAUUGUUCGAUACAGGACUUUUAGGCUAUUGUAUGAGCUUGCCUUGAAUGCUGUAUUGUAUUGUAUUCUUUUCUUCAGUCUGCUUCCUCCAUGUGAUAUUUUGCAGUGCCACCUUCAUUCUUAGAUAGUUUCUCGAAAGCAGGCAUAGUACUUAGAAAGCAGGCAUAGUACUUAGAAAGCAGGCAUAGUACUUAGAAAGCAGGCAUAGUACUUAGAAAGCAGGCAUAGUACUUAGAAAGCGGGCAUAGUACUUAGAAAGCAGGCAUAGUACUUAGAAAGCAGGCAUAGUACUUAGAAAGCGGGCAUAGUACUUAGAAAGCAGGCAUAGUACUUAGAAAGCAGGCAUAGUACUUAGAAAGCGGGCAUAGUACUUAGAAAGCAGGCAUAGUACUUAGAAAGCAGGCAUAGUACUUAGAAAGCGGGCAUAGUACUUAGAAAGCAGGCAUAGUACUUAGAAAGCAGGCAUAGUACUUAGAAAGCGGGCAUAGUACUUAGAAAGCAGGCAUAGUACUUAGAAAGCAGGCAUAGUACUUAGAAAGCAGGCAUAGUACUUAGAAAGAAAGCAUAGUACUUAGGACUCAUAAUUCUUCCACUCUAAUUUGGCUGCUUUAUUAUAUACAGUAGUGUAUAUUAUUAACUUUGGUAGAUUGAAAUAAUUGGCUUAUGAGUUUUAAAAUCACUGUUCAGUGUUCUGAAGUUGUCAACGCAGUUGAUACACAACCCCAGGGGCCAGAUUCACGAAGCAGUUACGCAGGCACUUACGAAUCUGUACAUCUUUCUCAAUCUUUGGCGGCUUUGUUUACAAUUAUUAAACAGUUAAUGAAC